AUGGGACAUGCCUUUAUAGAGGUACCUCAUGGGCUAAUAGAAAUAGAGAGGGACCUUCCUCCUGAAACCAGCCUCUCUGACCAGUUGAGAUCUCAUCAGCUACAGCCAAGAGCAGAGUGGAGCACUCCUGAAUGCUGUCAUGCAACUCCAAGUCUGUUCAGGUUACACUUUAUUUUAAUUCUCUGGAUCUCAACAAUGCACGUGUGUUGGUGUUACCCCAUUGUUCCUUCUUCGCUGUAUGGGAAAUCUGAUUACUGCCUCAUCCUGCUGAAUAGCUGCUUAGCUAAGGUGGACAGGAGUGAAGAAUUGGCUUUUCUAAAGCCUUACCUGGAGAUGUCUUUCAAUAAAAGGUCCUUUCGCAAUGGAGUUGGAUCAGGAAUUAAAAAAACUUCCUUUCGACGAGCAAAGUCAUAAAUAAGUGCUCAAGAAAAUACUCCCAAUUUUAGCAUCUAAUGUUUAACCUUGCGCUUAAAUAUAAUUUGCUGUGCAUUUCUAUGAUAAAACCAACAGAGACAAAUGUAUCGGUGUGUUCAUAAUGUAAACAGAUGUUUAUUUCAAAUAGUGCAGGCCAAGUGAAGUGGAUGUAACUGUUCAGAACAGGCACUGUUUCCAAACUUAUGGUAUCAUAAAGUUUUGUAUUGAUAUAAAUGUGUUUUCAGUUAGUUAAUUCCCUCUGCUUGUAAAACUACAGAUUUAAUCAGAUUGCUCUUGAUUAAAACAGAAAUAGUCUUGUGCUUUGAAUAUGUGUCUACUUGAAACUGAUCUUUAGAAUGGCAGCAUUAUGUCCUACAUAUGCUCUUUUCUGGUAUAAAAGGUACGCUUUUGGCAAUGUAGGAUAUAGCUGUACUUUACUGGCCUGAUUCAUUCACAUGAAGGCUGCUUAACAUCUUUCUGGCAGUACAAAGAGGGACAUAAAAAGGAUGUAAAUGCAAUGUAUCUCUUUAUAUUGCCAGAAAGGAGUAAAAGGGCCUUUCAUGAAAUCAAGAAUCUGGCCUUGCAUGUGAACUCAAAUUUGUUUUUAAUAUAGUUAUUUAAAAUGACUUAACCAGGAAGUCUUCUCUUGAGAUAUGUCAUCUCAUUUUCAGGAGUGUCCAGGGAAAUCAUUCAGAGCCAGUGUAGCGAUACAGUUCCCUUUGCCUCAAUUAAUCAAUUUAUGUAAGCAACACACAUCUGAUGAAAUAUGCCAAAUGCAGCUCUUUCCUGUCUACUACAGUUAUGGUUGUGUUGUAAUGAACAAUGGUCCUUCUCCCCUCUUAAUUCUUCUGUAAAAAAAAAACAAAAAAACCCAACAACUUAAUUCUUUGAUUUAAAAAUAUUGUGUCUUUUGUCAACAGGAAAGGUCAUUUGCUGAGUUAUGUUACUUGUGUGAAUCUUACUUUGUGGCCAUUUUCUCAGAAAAAGCAAUGUAACAACUGCAUGUUGGCUUUAAAAUGUAGCCAGGUGUUUGAUCACAUGUAUUUUGAAUGCAAAACAAAAAUUUUAAUAAACCAAUGUAUAGAUCAUUUAAAAUAUUUUCCCUUUAAGUAUUAUGAAGAAGAAAACUAUGUUAUUAAAUGAGGAACGAACUUGAUUUGUUCCAAGUCCAACAAAAGAAACAUCCUUGUUA